GCUCUGUCGCGGUUUGUUGUGGUUCGGGGUGAGGAAAAUGGGGCUGGCGGAGCUCCUGAUCGCCCUGGCGGUCUUGCCGUGGGCCUUCCGCGGCGGGUCUGGCGCGCUGGCACUGCCGGAGAAAGUGUCUUCACCAAGCAAUAUUGUCAUAGAUUCAUAUAAUUUCAACACCUCUGUUCGGUGGGAUUACAAAAGUGUGUCUUCAAAGACUCUCUUUACUGUGAACAUCAAGUGCUAUGAUGGGGUUGGUGACAUGGAAGUUGAUAACUGUGUAAACAUAACAAAACGCUAUUGUGAUAUCACCCACAAGGUUGAUCAGUCGUGUGAUACAUUCUGGGUGAAGGUUAAAGCUCUCAAUGGACUGCAUGAAUCUGACUAUACAUAUUCAGACCGAUAUCAUUUGUUUGAGAAUGGCCGAAUAGCACCACCAAAAUUUAAUAUCUACGUUGAGAAUCUUGAAAUAAUAGUUGAUACUGAAGUUCCUCUCACUCCAUAUGGCAACAAGUUCCCACUUACUUUAAGGGCAAACAUCACAGACUUCACCUCCAGAGUGUUCCUUUGGGAAAAAGGAGACCCAAAAGAGCGUCAAGAAUUUGAGGCAGAGGAAUGUAACGACACAGCAUGUACCAUAAAAAUUCAAGUUAAUUAUUCGGAAAGCUUGUAUUGUGUUUCAGUUCAAGGAUUUUCAGAAGAGUUUGCCAUUCAGAGUGAAGAAUCUGAAGAGAGAUGUAUUGGCAUUUCUCCUAAACACUCAUCAGAUUUAACAGUGCCUAUAACUGUAGGUGUUCUUGGAUUUCUUCUUUUGGUGGGAAUCUUAGCAGGAAUUUACAGAUGGUUCAGUAAGAAACAGAGAACAAUUAAACUUCCUAAGUCUCUGGCUGCUGUGGUAAGAAACAUGAACCCAGUCAACUUUGACCCCAAACCAGAAGACAGACAUGCUGCUCUUAUAACUGAACCAGACAUUAAGCCAGAGUCGGAUCCCUCAGGAGAGGCCACUGGCCUCAGUGACUCUGACCAAGAAGCAGAUACACUUCACUCUCGGAGAACUUCAAGUCUCCAUGAAGGCAUUAUUGUGGAAAUAUCUGAAGGUGAACAAAGUGCCGAAGAGAAUGAAAAUUAUAUUAGAGAUCUCAGUGGCCAAGAAGAGAUGUGCAGCAGUGUUCCAAAUCUGGAUCUUCCCAAUGCAGAUGUGGAACAACCCACACUCCCAGAUAGCUGCAGAAACAUUUCUGGCUAUGACAGGCAUCGUUGGCUUCCUCCUGAUGUGGAAGAAAGGCUGAAUGCACAGAGUUCCAGUGACACACCAGAAGCCCAAGAGAUCCAUUUCUCAAUCAGAUAACAUUGUGAAAGAGAGAGAGAAGCAAUUACUUUUGACUAUCACAAAUAUCCAUUGUAAAGGUUUAUAAGCACUUUGAAGUAUUCUGCUAUGAAUUUGAAGAACUGUAGAGUUGGAAUGGACCCGAAGGGUCAACUAGUCCAACCCCCUGUGAGGCAAGAAUAAUAAUCUCUUGCUACCCCCACUGUGGGAGGCAGUAUGCUUUUUUGAAUACUGGAUGCAGGAAACCUCAGGAUGUGAAAUGCUGCUGUGUUUCAGGCCCUGGUUGUGUGCUUCCUGUAGGCAUCUGCUUGGCCAACUAACUGAAAACAGCAUUCAGACCUAGAUGAACCACUUACUGCAAUUUUUUACUUCCCAUAAUAUAUGUGUUUAUGAUUUAUGAUGUGAAAUUUGAAACUAUGAUUUCCCGAUCCUAAAAAAAAGUAUGUUGCAAGCUAACACUCACAUACUUAAGAGUAAGCCAUGCUGAAUCUCUUACUUCAAAGAAGACCUGACUGUUUUAUUAUAACCAAAGACUUAGUUUAACCGUACAACUACACACACACACUGUUCUAGAGAAGGGCUUCAGCUAACUUUUCUAAUAACAGCUAUACAGAUACAGAUAAAUAAGUUUCCAUAAAUAUCCUCAAGCAUUAAAUUGUACCCUUCCCACCA